AUGAACUUGCCAGCACGCCAGUUUUACAAUCCAUUAGAUGAGUCGCAGAUCGAGUUCAUUCCGAGCGACUCAGAGUCUUCGAAGGGAAAUGUGGUGAGAACUACUAAUGACAGCCUAGAUGGCAGCUCGGAUAAGGAAUCGAUUGGAGACCAUUCGUUGUUCACGAAGGACCAUACGCUCAGCUCACGGAGGGGGUCUAUUACAAUGAGCGAGCUUAUUUCCAACAGUUUGAAGCAGACUCAAUCGAUCGACAGCCCCAGACUGGAUUCGUAUGCUCUGUCUCGGAUGAGUUCGUCUACUUCGUUGAGCUCCAGUGUCAUAGAUCGUGUGAGAUACAAAAUAGUGUUGAGACUGAACCCCAGAGAGAAAAGCCUGCUGCGGGAGUCAUGGUCCAUGAUCCUUAACGAAGACAUUGCCAGCCCCCCCACUAAGACGGGAUCGAACGGAAAGAAGACUCACCUGAACCAUAAGACGCAUGCCGUCGAUUCGCAAAAAAGGCGUUCUCGCCAGAGUUCCGCUAGCAGCAUUAAUAGCGCCGUCAACGUUGCGGUCGAAACUAAAGGGAAUGCACAUUCAAACGCCUUUGCUAGUUCAUUAUUUUGCUCCCAGUUCUACGCCAAUCUUCUUUCGAUGGACCCAGACCUGGAGCGCAUCUUUUCUUCCACCAGACACCAGGCUGUGGCAUUCGCAGGCGUUUUGACCGCAGCCAUCAAAAACCUCGAGAACCUCCAAGCACUAGAGGGUUUUCUAGAAAGUCUUGGAAAGCGUCACGCUAGAAUACUCAACAUAGAGCCUCCUCAUUUUGAAACCAUGGGCGUCGCUUUUCUAAAAACGCUGCAGGACAGAUUUGGCGUCCACUGCACAAUAGAACUCGAAGAGGUGUGGUCACGACUCUACUCCUAUCUCGCCAACAGCAUCCUUCAAUUCGGCAUCGAUCCGUACCUCCAAGUCGAUCUCCAACAAGAUACCCUUGUGUUCCCGGUCCCUAACUUGCAAACUGGAGCAAGCCAAACCGUGAGCAGACUGAGCAGCCGUAUCUCUCUGUCCGACUCUUUGAGAUCAGGCGCUUUUACGUCUACAAGAGAUGAUCACGUCGCAGAACAUAGAGACAGAAAGGCGUCAACCAAGACGGCUGCGCCUGCGAGCGACAAGAAGACAGGUCACUCUUCUACUAGCAAGAAGGCCCAAGCUCAUAGGAACAAGAACAAGAAGGCGUCCAAACUCAACUUCUCGAGUAAUCAAGAUUGCGUAGUCAUGUAA